UGUUCGUGUUAAAUCUCGCUUUCGCGCCGUUCAAAUCGUUUUUUCCUUGAAUUCCACGAAAAGUUUCUGCCUCCACAGGUGCACAAGAAUAACACAAUUAUCUUAUCACCGUACAUCCAAUCAGAACGCUUUUUUUUGACAUGUGAUCGGACGCGUGCAGCUGAGGGGCGCAUGGCGCGGUCGCGGACUUGAGGUGGCAACAAAAUGGCGUCUGAGACCGAGAUGGAAAUGUCUCCCGGGUUUUAACGAAGGUCUCCAGAUAAUAUUCACGUCUUAUUGAACGACAUGGUGUUGGAAUUAAGGCUGCAUAGUCCUGCUGGAGCGGAGCCUCUGGUAUACUCAUGGCCGCUUCUAAAAUCGGUGAGUUUUAGCAACCGGUUUUUCGGUUUGUGUUUGUAAUUCGCGAGCGAGAUGGUAAUACAUCAUGUUUGCCUCUCAUAUUUCUUAAACAGUUUACGCGAUUGUCUUUUUUUCAGGAUGGGAGAGAUGAAGCAGGAGAAAUUGUGGAAACUAUCAGGUAAAAUGUUUCAUCAAGCCCUAAUUUCCUUCUUGUGUCAUUACAAAGAGUUGAGGAGAGCUAGUUGCAAAACGGUAUAAACAGUUGGGAGGAAGCUUGACGUCCUCUCGUGUAAGCACCAGUUAAUUUUUUUUCUUCUCCCUUCUUGUCUUAGAUGGGUUUGUGCGGAUUUCCCAGAGCUGAAACUCGCUGUUGAGAAUUAUGUUCUCCGUGAGUUUGAUCCAAGCAGGUAUGAAAUCUAUACAACCACCGCGCUUUGUUUAUCAUUACAAAUUGGGGUUUCGUGUCCCAAUGAUGUUAUAAGUUUAUGUCUGUCCUGAUACGAAACUUCGCCCAGUAAUUUAUUAUAUCUUACACUUUUUUCUCUCCUUCGUUGCAGCUUUGAGAGCAUGUCCAAGCUUUGCGAGCGAUAUAACAGAGCAAUUGACGGAAUUUUACAACUGGUAAGUGAAAUGCCAUGUCGCGUGUACAAGUAUCUCGCGAGCCACGAUGUCAAUUUCGCCCGCGGUGAAAAUUUCGGCAGGGAUUGUUAGAAAAUGCACCAAAUGUCGUAAUAUUUUCUGUCGAUAUGUUUUUAUAUAAUCAAGGAGUAAAUUUUACUUGCCAAGGCAUUUUUAUUACAGUUAAAGUUGCCGUAAUCGUCUGAUGGCGUUCGUGGAAUACUACACAUACCGGAAGGAAAGAAAAAUAAUCUUCCUAAUUAAAUUUACGGAGCGGGUGAACCGGAUCUUCCGUUUGUAUUCCGUCAUGACAUGUCAUUCGUUUCUUGUACUUAAAAUGCUGAAUUUACUCUUCAACUUAUUGUUUUUAUAAAACUUACAACAUUUAGAGUGAUGUUUGCUUCACUGUAAUUUUAAAAAAUUCUGAUUUAAACCAAAGUAUUGAUUCUCAAUGAGUAUCAAGUUCUAUUUCCUUUCUUUGAGAGCUUUUACCCACACAUCCUUUCUUUCCUUAAGCAUUCUAAAUACCUCAGACUCUAGCCCCGGGGGUGGGGAGUACUCCUGGGAAUUCUUGGUGGGGCUGUGCUGCCUGGUUAUCCAAAUCCUGACCCUAUUUCAAACCAAAAAAUGUCAUUUUCCACACCCGUCCAUUUUCAGACCUGGAGGUGGUCACAAAACGCAACAUAUGUGUUUACAUUGACAGAAAAUAUGUCACCAUUGCCGAGUUUAGUACGCCAGCAAAAAGAUUUCUUUCUUUCUUUUUCAUUUAUAAUAUUAAAACAACAAACACAUUCUUACACUUCCGUAGUUCUCUUGUAAACCAUACCUGAUUCCAGACCAAAAUGGGCAAAAUCGCUACCCUUUUUCAGUCCAAAGUAGCGACAAAACCAUACCCUUUGGGGUGGCACAUACCUAUAUGGCCUAUAUAAGGGAGCCCCCCCUCCCCCCGGUCCAAAGCCUAGUUUUCUACUUGUUUCUCCUUGCUAGGUGCCUGUGGACAAAUGCAAGCAAGCAUUUGCCUUCAUGGCAGGUAUCAAAAAACAGUGGAAGUAAGGGAAAAGGGAGGGUUUGGGCCGGGAGAGAGGAAAAGGGAUGCCGGCUAUAAGAACCCUCUUUCAUUUGUAUGUCAAAUUUCUUAUUGGCUAAGCCAUAUUGAGUAACUUAUUGAUUUGUAUCGAGCAAGAUACUACUAUUUUAACUGGGAAAUUGUCUUUAAAAACCUCAAUGUUAAGGUCUCAAAUUUACCCAUAACCCUAUGUCACAAGGAGGACUUGUUUAUAUUUACAUUAUUUCAUUUUUCUCACAUCAGUGGAAAGGCUGUGCCCCUCCAGCGUGUAUUAAUGUCCCGCCUUCACAAGAACUGUUACGUCAUAUCAUACAACAAGUUUAUAGCCAUUCUGUAAAAGAUCCUGACAAGCUGAAUGACUACGAACCUUUUUCUCCAGAGGUAGGAACAUUUAACUUUAAAUACAGUAUUUGAUUGUUGUAACAAUGAGUAAACUGCGAAGAUUUAAAAUAUAUUUUGAUUGCAUUCACCUGCUGGCCUCUUAAGUGACUUUAUUAUAUAACAUCCAUCAAACUUUAGGAGUUGUUUGAUUUUGAGGUAAUUAAUUAUAAUAACUGAUAAUAAUGUAGAAUUUCCUUGAUGUAGGGCUGGUAAGUUUGAGUGAUGAGGCUGUAAUUCUUGUAACCCAGAAUUCCCACUCUGGCCUCUAGCUGUCGUUCCAUUAUUCACUAUUAGUGAGUUCAUGACACACUAUGGCAGGAAGAAGAGGACAGCAAAACACCUGUGUGUGACAAACAUCACAGGGCUAUUACUUGCAUGUUUUGUCGUGAUUUUCACUUAACAGCAAUGUUUUCUGGUCCGUCACAAAAAGAUCUGUUUGAAGGAAAGGUGAAAAGUUGUUUCAAACAAAAUUAUUGUCACGCUUGUCACACAAGGUUUGCUGUCUUCUUUCCUCUACCGUCCUGUUGCAUAAGUUCACUAUUAAUUGUUUAGUUACAUGUGAUAUAAGAAAUCUGUUCCCCCUAGGUUUAUGGUGAAACAUCAUUUGAACUUAUCGCACAGAUGAUCAGGGAAGUCCCCAUGAGCCCAGAUGAUCUGUUUAUCGAUUUAGGAAGUGGUAAGUUGAGCCCUGAUUGUUAGUGUCAUAAUAAUUCAGUUGACAAAAUGUAAUGGUAUAAAACCUUCUACUGACGUGUGCUUUGGAGACUGCAAAUAGCUUGACAUAGCUUUGGAGUGUUAAGGGCCACAGGACCUUGGGGCAUACAAGGGGUCAGCUUAUGAGUAAGGUUUAUCCAGGGUACAGGGUCGCCAAGUAGAUGGAGAAUAGCCUACAUGCAGAUCGUAAAGCACAAAUCCUCUAGAAAUACUUAGAUGGGAUGUUUAGCCUGUCCCAGGGAGACCUGUUUUACAUGGCUAUUACUCCCAGGUGUGUUACUGCCUUCCCCACUGGGUAUUAUUAGCUACAAGUCCAUCAUAAGGUUUUCUAUACCCUACUGCAUUAUCUAGGCAUUAUGUUGCUGCUGUCUGUGUUUAUACAAUAAAUAAAUUUUUGUAGGGUGGGAGGGACAGUGUGAAACAAAGUUGUUUUGUUGAAGGAGACAGUGAUUGGAGACAAUAGUUGCCUGACCUCACACCCCCACCCCAGCUCCAUGUUAAAAAUCCUGUCUCCUUUUUGGGGUGGAAAUUAAGAUGAAACUCAUACAGCAUUGUGCAUUGUAUCAAGUGUCGCUAUACAAUGUAAGUAUUUCCGUUUCAAAGCUACUUUUAAGUUGUUAGUAAUGUGUUCCCUUGGAAUUGAUUGCUGAGAUUCAAACGUUUUCUUCAUUUGUGAGGCAACUAUGUUAUUUCAAACUCAGCUGGAAUUGUUUGAUAUGAUUAGGGGUUGGUCAAGUUGUGCUACAAGUUGCAGCAUCAGGAAAUGUGAAGGAAUGCUAUGGUAUAGAAAAAGCAGAAAUUCCAGCAAAUUAUGCUGAGGUAAACUAUGCAGUGUGUGUUUAUUAUGGACUUUAAACAUGUAACUGGAAGAAUUAGAUUGACUAGUGUAUCUUAAACUCCCUAAUACCUUUCUACACUUUGAUUCUUGUGUACAGUAAUUUUCUCUAAGAUGGACACCUUUGUGACUGGCCUUGUAAGACUGAUGUCGGUCUCGUAGAGAGUCAAAUAAAGGGAGUAAAGAAAAGUAGGGACCAACUCUUGAUGUCUGUUUUACCAAGGUGUCCACCUUAUAGAGGUGUCCAACAAGAGGGGGUUGACUGUAUUUUUGUUUAUAUUUGACCAGUGAUUUCCACUCUCCCAAACCGAGUUCACAGUUUCUUCAUAAUCCUUGAACUUCCCAAGAGCAAUCAACAUUAUUAUUUUCUCCAAGCAGUAUCAAUGCCUGAUUAAGAGACAAGGUUACAAGAAUUAAUGAAAUGAUCACCAAGAGAAACAUGUUUUGAUCUUUUGAUCAAAUUCUCUCAACUAAUAUUAUUUAAGGAAAUGUAUGGUGACCAGUCUCGAGAAUUUGUGUAUGGAUAUUAGGGCCUGAAGGGUUUAAAGCCAUUUUGCCUUCUUCCCCACAAAUCUUGAUCAAAAGUCAUUUUUGAAAUUGUGGCAUUAGUUCUUACUUCAGAAACGAAUAACCAAGAAACAAAGAAGUUUGCCUUCAAACUGGAACCUGUGUACAGAACAUGAACAUGGAUAAUUUACAAGCCUUUCAUAAUAGAUUUACGAAAAGAAUUAUUCUAGGUAACAAGGUGUAACCGUCUGUAAUAGUUGAAUCCCUUAGUUUCGAUCGUAACUAAAUGUUAGUAAUUUUAAUAUUGUUUAAUCUUUUUUGAGGACCUCCCUGAAAACCACAUGUUUCAGGAGCCUCCUCUAUAAAGAUUAUUUAUUAUUAUUAUUAUUAUUAUUAUUAUUAGCAGGACUCUUUAUAAUAGCAAUACACCUCCUGCUGUGUGCAUGUUUAAAAAAGUUAUUUUAUUGUUUGUAUCUUUAAGGAUAUGGACAGAGAAUUUCGUAAACUGAUGCGCUGGUUUGGCAAGACCCACAAGCCUUACAAGGUUAUUAUUAUAGUGAACAUUCUACAUGUACAGUGUAGCUUAAUGUUUUAGGUCAAUGACCCAACUUACACUUUGUUUUGUAAACAAUGGCGAGAAUUUAAUUAAGGUUACAGUAUGCAAGAUUGUUUUAGAAGGAAAGACAUUGCUGUUAAAUAAAAAGUAUAACUUAAAAGUUUCAGUCUGCUUCACCUGUCUUCAGAUACAUGUAGCAUGGAUAGACCAUCUCACUUGCUUGUAACAAAUAGCUUUGAUUACAAUUUAUUACAACUUGAAAAGAUUUCUUUGGAAUGAAAAUAACUUUUCCAUCUAAACCAAGAGAAAAGUAAGGCAUUCACCAGUGAUGAUUUCUUCUUUUCUCCUUUUCCCAUUUGUGUCCCUCCCACAAUACCCCUCAUGUUCCUUUCUUGUGUUCAACAGCUUGAAAAAGGUGAUUUUCUUGUGGCUAAGAUGAGAGAUAAGAUACAGUCUGCAGGGUGAGUCUUUUUACACAGAAAAUAUUUAUCUUUGGGAACAGUGUAGAUAAGUGGUGAGCACGUUGGACCCACAAUCCAGCAAUCCAGGGUUCAAGUCCCUCCCUGACUGGUAGCUGGAAUUGCUUUUUGAUAGACCUACCAAGUUCAAAUCUUCAGCCGUGCUUGUAGAUACACAUGCAGCAUCUAAUUUAUUGCCUCCUGCCAGUUGGGUUUUUCAUCCUGUUAUGCUCUUUUUGGAUUAUUUGUACAUUAACUCUAGGGCUAAGUGCAUGUCAAUGUACCCUUUGUCAAAACAUGAGAAUGGUCAGUAAUUUAGCCCUUUAACGAUAACAAUAAACGGUACCAGUUACAGUUAUGAGGGACCUUCAGCAGCAUUAACAGCAACUGAAAGAAAACACUAAAACGCAAUAUCGUUAUAAAGGAAAACAACAAACCUGGAUUUUUCUUGAAAAGCUCUGGGCCUACAAGUUAUAUUUCUACAUUUUUACAACAUCUUGAAGACCUAUGGCUAUGGUUAAAAUAAUGUAUAUUUUGUACUGAAAUGAGAUGACAUCCUCACUGUUUAUUUAUUUACUUUAACCACUGUAGAGUUGUGUUUGUUAACAACUUUGCUUUUGGACCAAGUGUGGAUCAUAAAUUGAAGGAACGAUUUGCUUCUAUGAGGGAAGGUAUGUAUCAGCAAUUACUCUUAUUCAAGAUGUUUGUCUGGUAUUUCAAAUGCAAAAAGACAAAAAAGAUUUGCCAUUGUGAUGAACAAACCAAGAGAAAUGGAUCAAAACAUUAUUUUCUGUUGUUUCUUUUAGGUGCCAAGAUCAUUUCAUCAAAAGCAUUCUGUUCGUUAAACUUCAGAACAACCUCGCGUAAUUUAUCAGGUAGGUCAUAAUUUAAUGUAUAUUUUAACUUAAGUUGCCAAGUUGACACUUACCAAGCUUGUUCAUUUGGGAAGUGUUAUCCGCAUGCACUUUUGUUUAAUGUAAACAUGCUUUUGGUUCGACUUUUACUGUUUUUCCAAACCUCCUUACAAAUGGGUUUCCUCUAAUAAAGUUAACAGUAUGUUUGUGUCCUACCUAAACAAUAGAAAAUCACAACAAAGACAACACUGUGAUUCAAAUUUUCCCUUAGUUUUCUUUUUCCUUUACUUCCUUACCAGACUUGUGCAAAAGUUUCUGGCAGCCCCCCUUGAUCAUACACUUUUAUUACUUUAAGUAUUGAAAAACGUUUUUAUUCUCAGACAAGUCUUUCUAUCUUUUCUAUUUUGGUUUCUAGAUAUCGGCACUAUAUUACAUGUUUCUGAGCUGAAGCCUCAUGGACGAGCGGUCUCUUGGACAGGAAAGCCAGUCUCAUAUUUUGUCCAUGUCAUUGAUAGAACUCUGGUGAGAUUAGAUUUUGUGUAAACCUGUUUUAUUCAAUCUCCAGGGUGACCCUUGUAGUGCUUCCUUGUAGGUCUCCUCUGGGUGGUCACACUACUAGAUUUGUUGAUAGACUGCUGAGACAGAACUAUACUUUGCAUGCAUUUUUUGUUAAAUAACUUAUUGAAAUCAGCUCGAAUGUUUACAUGGCUCCACAGGCGCAUGUAAUAAAAGAUUACCUGUUUCAACUCAUAUGGUCAACUCUGUCAUAAUGGACACCUUUAUAAGACAGACUUCUUGCUAAAACAGACAUCUAUAGUUGGUCCCUGCCUUUCUGUUCUCCUUUUGGUUGACUCUCCAUACAACGGGCACCUCUCUAAGAUGGACACAUAGUGCAGGUCUUAAAGGUGUCUGUCCUCAAGAGAGUUGAAUGUACCCAGAUACAAAGUCACUGACCAACACUUCUCAAUUAAAAAACUUUCACUUAUAAACCUGCUUUCAAACCUGUUUUUUUUUUCUCUUAGCUUGAGCAGUACUUUGCAGAUCUCAAGAGAAGAAAGGUUAGUUAUGCUUAUAUAAUUAGAAUUACAGUCAAACUGCACUUUAUGGACACCAACUUGUUACAGACACCUAAAUAUUAUGGACAGUUGCUUUGUCCCUAAGCAUGCCCUUACAUUUCCUCUAAGUUCAACCUGCUUAACAUGGACACCCGGUUAAUACGGACACUUGUUCUAAGACACCCUCAGUGUCUACAUUAACAGGGUUUGCGAUUCACGUCUCGCGAAAGGGUGGUAACUUUCUUUUGAGCGGUACUGCAUACAUAAAGAUAUAAAGAGUGUGAAAACAAUGCAAGCAAAAUAACUAUCGUUGUGCACUUAACCUGAUAAACCUGCAUUUUUACAGGAAGGGAGAGAUUUUAGUGAUACAAGCAGCUUAAGUGACUCAAUGGCCAGUGCACCAAACUUUGAAGAACUGGAUGAUGUUAUCUUUGGUGUUUCAACUCGUCAUCAGUGGCACCAGCUCAUUAAUCAGAUAGAAGCCACCAAUCAUGCGAAUAAAAGGGGCAGUAAAAAGACAAAGAAUAAGAAUAAGAAUGUAUUACAGGAGCAGAACAGGGAAAUGUUUCCUAUCACAGGCCAAGAGCAGGAUAUGAAGGGUGGAGCUAAGGUAAGUUACAGUAACUUAGGAAUAUAGCAAACACCUUGGUAUCAUGAGUAAUGUUCUUUGCCAUAGUUGCAGCAACAUUGUGCAAUAUAACCCCCAUGACAGGCAGCCGAUAUGUCCAUAAUUGACUGGUUAAUGACAUGUACAGUGUUUUUAAUAGGUAUAUGCUAUAGCUAUAGUUAUAUUAAUAAAAAAACACAGAUAAACCAGUCUUAAUACACUUCACGGCAUCAAUCAGGUUUUUUUCUGGCCCCAGUUUCAAGUUUCAGCCGUUGAAUCUCCAUUGUUGGAUGUAAACCUUCCUCUUUGACCUCCACUGGUCCAAAUUUUGUGUGACACAGUGACAACGUUUUAUGAAACUAUCUAAGUCAUCCCUUCAUUUUAUCCUUGGUCUUCCUCUGUUCCUUGUGUGUUUCCACGACAUCCAGAACAUAAUGCAGGUUGUCCAACAGUAGUCUAUUCUUCUCACCACAUGACCAGCCCAAUUCCAUUUGAGUUUGCUUAUCGUUUCCAUGAUAUCUCGUACUUUGUUUUUUUUUUCUGGAUUCAUUGAGCUGUUUUAAGAUCUUUCCCACCAGUUGUUCAAAAAUUAGACAGAGCUAUCCAACCUCAAUAGUUGUCAGGAGAAUCACCAUAGCAUUGUUUUGGAAAUUUCUUAUAAACAUCUCAAUUUACUUUGUAGGCCCAUCAACCAACAUUUGCUCAAAAAGUCCGAAGGAAGUAUCAAAGACAACAAAACAAGAAAGCCCAGAAGCUAAAGAAAAACUCAAAGAAUUCCAGAGGAAAAGCAAAGCAAAAACCAAAACCAAGAAAAAACGCUUCACUAACCAAGGUGAAACCCAAGCGGUCGACAUCCAAGGCAAGUCAGAAAAGAUACAGUGACUCUCUUGCUGUAACAGCUUUGGAAAAUGCUACUGUGGCAGCAUUGCAGGUUGGUGGGGAGGGUAGAAGUAGUCAGUAGAAAACGUUUUAAAGUUCCUUAUAGCAGCGUGCAAAGAAAGUAGGGUCCGAUAGCCCGAGGGGGUAGUGGAUUUUGCUAUCGGGCUAGUGAAUUCUGUUAUUACCAGUAACUUGCCCAAUAAGCAAGUGAAGUUUUUUGAGGAAUUCAAAUUACAGACUGAAGAACUGUGAAAUUAAUCUGCUCAUCAAAACGUUUUUUGGGGCUAGUUGAAAUGAUGUUUGGGCCAGUAAAUGUUAGCUUCAGCUUCCCUGAAUGGCAAGCUGUAAAAAUGACUUUCUUUGCACCCUGCUUAUAGUGUAAUUUGAUUGUAAAACAUUUGAGAGAAGGCCUUCCCUCAUGAGUAGAAGUGGUUUAUGAGCCUUCUGUUUCAUGACAUUGUCCUUUGAUAUUAAUAAAGUAACAAAUUAUAUGAAAGAAAAUAUGCCAACAAAAUAAAAAUAAAUAAUAAGGAUUUCUAUAGUGCCAUAUCUGUGCACUCAUGGCUCUUAAAAACCAAAAAGAGAGGGUGACACUAGACAUUUCAAGAACUAAUAAAUCCAUGGCCCUCUAACCUAACUGUCCUCAACUUACUGGAGACAAUUUCCAGAUCAAAUUGGAAAUUUGGGAUGUUAGUUUUUUGGGAGAGGCAAAAACUAGGGAAAAAAGGGAACCAACAACAAACUCAAACCACAUAUGGCAUCAACAACGGGACGUGAAGCUGGAUUACAUUGGUUGAGGCAGGUGCUUUCAACGCUGGACCAUCCCUGUCCCCCCGAUGUGCCGUAAAUCCUCUAUUAAUCCCCCCUUACUAAUAAUAAGCCCCUCCCCUCGUCACCUCCCUUCUUAUGACAGACUGUAUUGAUUUAACACAACUGUAAUGCUACGUGUGGACUGAUCUGGCAUGGCUUAUUCACGUGCUGGAAGUACAGAUUUUAUUUUAUUUUUAUGUUAUUUUAUUUUUUUUGUCGUUGGUUGCAUGACCUCCCAACUUCAUACACUUGAUCUUUUUCUCUUUCCAUUCAAGGUUUUUAUGAAGAACUGAUACCAUCAUCCUUAAUAAAUUAACAACCCCUGCCCUCCUUAAACGUGCUUGCAAUAAACAGGCUCCGCCUGGAGGCUUAACAGGGGAUUUCCAGUAGAUAAAGGAUUAGGAGAGGAUUGCAUAUGACGUGUAUUAUAUUUAAGUAGGAAACAAAGUGCAAUAUUAAAAAACGUUUGCCUUUUCUUGUGGUAUUUCUUACCAGAGCCUUCAGAAGAGGAAAGGACAGAUUCAGGGAAUGAGAAUUUCUUCAGCGUCACCUCCACCACUCCCUGGCUUUAACAUGGAGCAAAGCCUUCCUGCUCUUGAGCACUUGUUGGGUAAGUUUAAUCACUGACCCACAUGUACAUUGUUCAGUCAUUUGUUUUGCCUAUCAUUCAAUAGCCUGCAUCAUAGGCAUAAUCUAACCCCAGUUAGUAACAUCUGCAAAGCAGUGCUGAGAUCCUUGUUCGGGGCCGCCAAAGGAUUCAAUGAAUUACUGGAAGCAUGUUAUGAACCUCCCUUCAACAUGAUUAGCCAACUGAACAAUUAGGGCAUUUUGAAUAGGCCGUCUAUGGCAUGUACUCAAAUCCUGGUUCACAGCUGGGGCCUAGAACGACGAUUUUGGCGCAGGUUUCAGACGAACUUAACCAGAAAUUUAGUUUCGUGUAUAGUGUAGGCUAAGCAUUCUAUUCUCUUAUUAACACUUUCACCCCUAAAAGGUGCCCUUUGAACAAAUUUCUAAAAAAAUCCCACUUUCUUUUCAUAAAACCUAAGAAAUAUAUAUUUUUGUGCAAUAGAUCUUUCUAAGAGUUUUCAUCAGAAUACAAAAUGUAGUAACAGCACAGGAUUUCAUUCACAGAUUUAAAUGUUAUUAGAGUGUCAAACAAUAUUGCCAUAAUGUGGUCUUGGAGUAGAGGGAUUAAAGUGUCCAUUAGCCCUGUAAAUUAUAGUCAUUUAGCGAGAAAAUAACCGCAUAUUUUCUUAUGCACUUUUCACUCAAGCUAAACUCAACCCUACUGCAUUUGUGUUGUUGUCCGUGUCAUCUGUUGUGAUGGAGUAUUUUUGUUUGCUAUUUUACAGGAAUUUUUCGUUAUCAAUUUCUUCAUUUCAUUUGUCAUAUGAACUCUUCUGAAUACAAGGAGAAUCUCAAACGUCAGAUUGAAGAAGAAAAGGUGAGUGGCUGGAAAGAACAAGGCUCCUGACCUGGCUCCUGUUUUUUUGUUUGUUUGUUUUUUCACUCUACGGAUUUGUUUUGUCAUCAUUUUUGUUUCUGCUUUUGUAACAGGCAAGAAAAAAAGAAUUAACGGGAAAAGUGAACCAAGCCGAAAAAAUAGUGAAUUCAUUGCAAAAAGAGGCUCUUGGCAAUCUCCAACAGCGAAUGAGUGAGGUAUGUAGAGUUUUUAAAGAAGAAAGGAAUGCUUGGGACCUGUGUAAUGAACAUACUACACGCAUUCUAUGGUAAUACUUGUUGGCUUAUUGUGGCACAGUAGCUUUAGUACUGACCAAUGUUGUCCAAUGUUGUAGAUUGGCCUAUCUGCAAAGACGCCUCGAGAGUUACUUAUGAAGGCUGGAGAGCUGUUGGGACAACACAAAAAAAUGAAAGACAAAGUAAAACGCCUUGAAAAGGAAGUAAAACAUCUGGAAAAACACAAAAAUGGUGGUCAUCACUCACAUGUAAGUGAACAGAGCAUUUUUUAGUUAUGACAUUGCAAACAGUAUCGUUCUAAUAGAGCACGUUGGAAUUGGAUGACAGAGGCGUUUUGAUUGAAAAAUUUCGCGCCAUGUUUUCAACCAAUAAGGAAAAAAAACCAAAACCAAUCGUAACCUGUCCACCCGCGUUUUCCCGCGCUUUUUACUGGCUGCGUAGUCUACCUCGAAUUCUGAUUGGUUCAUGUCAUUUUCUUUUGUCCCUUUUCAUUGGCUGUAUCCGUGUCUUUGAUUUUGGUUGUACGACACACAAUUGAACGCCACUCGAAAACGUUUGAAUGGCAGAAAGCGCAAUAUUAAUCCAUUUCUUUUCUGUUUGUUAGACCAAAGAACGUAAGCCCACUAAUGGAGAGGUUGACGUUCUCCUGAAAACAGUAAGUCUAUCAGACCGUCUAGGAAGAAAGCCCCGGCUACUCACAAAAAUAAUUUUUAAGUGGGAUAGUAAAUCUCUCGGACUUGUUUCCGAACACUUUUGUUUAAUAACUUAAAGAUAAAGCAGAUGGCAGCAAAUAUAGGUGCCUACCUCAGUGAUUUAAAUUCUUUCCCUACUCGGUCAAAAUGCAGUAAAUUAACCGCGGUAGGAUUAGCUUAGUAGGUAGAGCGCUUGACUGCAGAGCGGGAGGUCGCGGGUUCGAUUCCAGGAAAUGAAGUUACUACCUUAGCCCUGCAAACGGCUAGACCAAGGAGACGUAAAAAUAGUGUCCCCAAUUAGUAUUUUAGUACUUAAUACGUUGACACUCAAAUAAAGUACAUUUUUAAUGACACUUUCCAGGGCCAUUAAAACAAACAUUUUCCCAAAGGAAGCCUUCGGACACCCUCAGUGAGUGGGGGUGGGGGGUGGGAGGGGUUGCAACUCCCCUCUUAUACAUCCCCCAGAGUGAAAGGCGUCCCUCUAGACCUAACCUUUUGUCGCCUGCUUAUUUUUUUCUCCUUCUACUAUAACUCAAAAAUAUUUCCUCAAUCCCUUUCUUCAUCAGGGAGAAUCCCCGGCUAAGGUUCAAGAAAGCCUCAUGAGUCAUCUGUAUGAAGAGUUGGCAAAACGAAAAGCAUUACUGGAAAAAGUCAACAAGCUUCAGAAUGAAGUUGACCAACUUGACUCCAAAUCAGCAUUAGAUAAUAAGUCCACCGUUGCUCCCACGCCCUCUGCAAGUGUAUACACGUCUGUAAAUGCAAGACCUUCUGCGCAAUCGAUAACUACUGUCGCUUCCUCGAGUUCCGUAAACUCCAGACCUGCUGUAUCGCUUGCCAAACCGCUAGUUCCUGUUACAACAGUUUAUAGCUCAGCGCCGAGUGUCGUUUCUAAACCCGCCACAGUCAUGUCUAUUCCGUCAGGAACACUGGUUAAUCCUCUUCAGCAGCAUUACAUUACUACUGCACAGCCUCAACUUGUCAACACUUUCCAGCACUUGUUGAGACCCUCUGUGGGGGUGCCAGUACAGAUGGUAUCUUAUAUAGCCAAGGAUGGCAACCCUAUCAACAGUACGUCUUCGUCCAAAUCAAGACGAACCAAGCAGAAAGGAAGUGCAAAGAAGAAACCUAAAAUGGACCAGCAAUCUCAGCCAGUGUCCAGGGUCACCCAGCCAUCCUCUACAGCACUUUUGAGUCCACAGCUUGUGGCUUCCCAAACUACUCCCACCAGCUCUACAUGGCAGUCACCAAGUGUUUCUCGCGCCCACCAUUCCCUUAUCACAUCUCCAGUCACGCCUGUUAACUCAUCAUUUCAUUCUGGAAAUGACCGAUCGGGUCCAGUCUCUUUGGUGACGUCACCCGUGACGCCGACUCCUGUCAGGUUAGUGUCCAGUGAUUUAUCUUCCGUGGUUUCCUUGCCAUCGCGGUCAGCGUCCUCUGGUGGCCCAGGCAGUGAAGUACCACCGAUGGUGUCAUUUGUGCAAAGCGGUCUCUCCUGCAUCUCUCCCUUGAGCCCUUUAUCGAGUAUGUCCAGUGCAUCAGUAUCUCGCUCUCUUACCUCCGGUGCUACUCCUCUCAGCUCUCUCUCAGCAUCAACACAGAAGUACUUAAACACGUUCACGACACAGAGCACUGAAGCUUCACGAAACUUCACUGCUUCAACCAACCAGUCGUCAUUUGCAGGUCGAACGUCAUUUCUCAAUACAGACUUAUCAACAGACCACAGUGCUGGCAUCAAGUUACUUUGUGAUCUGCUCAAUGACACUCUUCCUGAGCAGCCCCCUCCCCUGGUGGCCACGUCACUAGCUGUACGAUCGCUAGGAACUCCAACAUCAGUUACAUCAGCGUCUUCAGACUCUUCUGUAGUUGAACAAGGAAGACAUCCAACCACCCCUCCCACUCUUCCAAGCAGGUCUUCAUCGAAAUCCCCGAGGACCCCUCCCUUGGGAAACACUUUAGCGCGUCCUUCUCCCGGAGGUACUACAUCUUCCUCGGAACAAACACCUGUUCAUAAUACCCCUCCUACUGCAGAAGCUCCAACUGCGGCGAAGAAAAGAACCUCGCCAUUUACUAUUGAAAACCUGGUUAGUUCAAACCCAGAAAAGAGUAAAAGUCCAGGUGACGCUGGAGAAAGAAACCCCAGCCCUCCAUCAGCCAACAGCAGACGCAGCCCUAAGGGGAAGAAUAAGUCCCCUUCUACAAACUUCAGUAUUGCGCACAUCACCCGUGAUAUGAACCCGUCUAGUAAGGAACGUGUUCCUUUUGUGACAGGACCAGUGGGCUGUUCAGUUCCUACAUCUGUGUCACCUUGCCAAGAGAAGCAGAAUCAGCGAAGGAUCUCUCCACCAUUGGCAACGAUUACAAAUCCUGCACCCGAUGGGUCUGUCGUGGUAUCUACUGGCAUAAAGCCUUUGAAUGCAGUCCAGAGUUCCAUAGACCAAAAGUCCAAUCCCAUUCCCAACAAUGAAGGAGAGUUAAAACGAGAACAAUUGUCUACACCCGUGGCCAGAGUGAGUAGUGCAUCCGCCCAUAUGAACAGCUAUGUGCCAUCGAGCUUGGUCCCAAAAAGUUCUGCUUUAAAACAGGAUGUUAUUCACUCCCAAGGUCAAAAUCCGAUCAGCAAAUAUCAUGAGGAUCGUAGCUGUUUGGAUUCAAAGCUAAUAAGCCCGACUCCUGAUCGUAUUCAAUCUCAAAAAGCCCAGCCUGUUUCUGAUGUUCCCAAGGACGAAACUGCCUCCAGUGAAGUUAGCUCUUCUAUUCCUUCAUCGACUUCAAGCCCUGAGCGUCACAGACCAGAUGCAUCGACUCAUGCCUCUGAAAUCAUCUCCGAUGUUCCGUUAGAUAUGAUUCCUCUUCCGAGCGGUAAGAGACCCAGCCCUACCAGUUUGUCAGGAAAAAAAGGUUCCGCUAACAAGAAGCGCCGUUCUCCUGUUUCGCAGAUUCCAAAAUCUGCAAGUCCAGAUUCCGAGGUCACCAGCCUCAUGACUAAUGAGGCUCUUCCCCAGUCUCCGUCGAUCUCGUCUUCCGUUUCCAAGGCGACAGCGGUAUUAGAAGGCCAGGCACCUGUGUUAGUUGAUAGCAAUCCCUGCUCAGCACGCAGUCCUAUCCCAGUAGCCCCUUCGUCACUGCUACAGCCUCAAUCUGGAGUAUCACUACCCUCCUUUGGAAGUGUUUUUUCGCUCCCCAAGGAAGAACAAACUGUGACAUCAAAGAAAUCUCCAGCUAAAAGCAGGUACGGGAUUGUAUUUUGGAAAUCCUAGGCUUUUUUGGUAUUCGUAAAGCCCCGUGCAAAGGGAAGCAACACUGUUGGCCAACAACUCCCAACAUUGUUGGAUGUUACGUGUUGCGUCCGUUUGCCCGAGCUUAAGGGUGUUCAAAUUGGAAGAUCGGCAGACAAAACCACGUGAUAGCACUGAUAAAGAAGUUUCAUCAGGGAAUUUCGUCCACAGAAUUACAUUUUAGAGCUAUGCACAAGUAGUAUCACUUGAAAGUACUGCUGACGAGGUUUCAUUUAAGUGGUCAUAGACAACAUCGAUACUAAAGUUAUUAUUUAGACCAAGGAGAAAUCGCCUUGAAAUCGCCUUUAGUUUACAGUCGCGAUUUGCCCGCACCAAAAAAUGGCCUCUGUAAACAGGCCUUUAGAGUUAAUUAGUAGUUUUCGUUUGAUUCGUUAUACCAUAGGUUCGCCUUUACUCGCUAAAACCAGAGAGUGUGUUUUAUCAAUAGUAGCGUAAGCGUAGCAGUUAACUGAUCAAAACGUACCAAUUGUUUAUUUUAUGUAUUUUGUUUUUUUGCGCAGCAGUCAUGUCUCUGAGAUGCCAAGCCAAUGCACAAAAUUAGCAUCCGCCGAGCCUCCCGCGAAGAAACGGAAGCGUAAAGACAAGAAAAAGAUGCCUGGUAAGGCUGCCAAGGGAGCGUUAAGCCUGUUAAUACAGUAUGACAGUGACAGUCAAAGCUCGUGUAGCACCCACGGCACCGAGAGUGAUGACAGUUCCGCCCACAGUACUAGCCCGGUCAGCGGUACACUUAGUCCAGUUGUAGUGGAAACAACAGAAACUCCUCGGAGCCAGACCGCCGGAGCACAGCCAGAACAAAGCCAAAAAUUCUCCGCCAAGAACGUCUCGCACAUCAACGGUGCUACAUCACCAAAGGGUAGGCAAAAAAGCACGGUAAAGAAGCAGUCCAGCGUUGGGAAGUCGGCUGCUGAGAGGAAGAAACCCAAAGGAAGAGGAAACCAACGAGGAGACGUGCUUAACGCUUCGCCAUUUGUUAACCUGAAUGACACCGUAGGUUCAAUGCAGCAAAUAAAAUCCGCAGGACCUAGCGUCGCGGUGCCUACCAGCUAUCAACCCUAUCCGCCCGCUUACUCAAGCUACCCAACUCCAGGGCAACAGGGCUAUGUCAUGUCGAAUUUCUCACUCCCCACCGGUACACUCAAUUUUACCCCAGGGGGACAUCAUCAGUUCUCUGCAAGCCUUCCACAGUAUUACUCAGGAGAGGCGCACCCGGCUCCUACCGGGUACGGUACUUCACCAGGGGGAUUUUUCCCCCAGUGGCGAACAAGUUACGCCCCGAUGCCGUGUCAGCCACCUGCAUUCAGUUAUUCAAACAAUGGCAACAGUGGUAGUGGUGGUGGUAAAGUGUAUAGAUAAAGAUUAGAAGGAGUUAAUUGUUAGUUAGUACUUAAGCACUUGUUGUGGUGCGUUUUCUUGGUGCCUUCUAGAAACCAAUUGUAGAUGGUGUUCUAAUAUAAGACGAUACAAACAAAAAAAAACUUACCAUUUUCGUCCUCAAAUUUUAUUAUCGCCUUGUACAAUGUACAGCAUAAUAAACAGCACCACAAGAAAGUAAUGCUUACUAGCUUUUAUGUCCCAUUUUAGGAUUUUAGGCACAGAUUCAAAUAUCAGAACAACUUUGUACAGCAUAGUAAACAGUACCACAGGAAAGUACUGCUCAGCAGCUUUUAUUUGAAAGGUCGCACUUUAGGAUUUCAUCCACAGAUUCAAAAGUUAGAACUACCUUUUACAGCAUAAUAAAACAGUACGACAGGAAAGAACUGCCCAAGAAUAGUCACACUUAAGGAUUUCAUCCACUUUGUUUAGCAUAACAGACUGCACCACCUGAAAUUACUGCUAAGUAGCUUUCACAGAUGCAACAGGAUGCACACUCACAGCGAAAUAAUCGACACCACAGGAGGGGUAAUUCCCUUAAAUAUAAAAUGAUUCUUAGAGGGAUUCUUAAAGUAAAUGCUUCUUGCAGUUACUUGAAUAUGCCUAUUUAUACUACAUGAAUAUACGAUAAAAACAGUAUACAAAAGUUUUCUCUUUAUAGGUUGUCUAUUUAUCAUGGGAAAAUUGAUUAUUUAGGGUGAAACUUUCUUUGCUUUAGAAGAAAAAACGUUGAAAUUUUAAUAUAGUUAGUAUGAAAUUUUGAAAUCUUUGUAAUGAAAUUCCUGUUUAAGAGUCGCUUAUUGCGGCUCUAUUUCUUUCAGUCGUUUUAUCUCUUUUUAACUUAUGUAAAUAUGCUUGAUCUAGGCGUUCAUUUGGCAAGAAAAAAACUUUUUCUAGAUCGUUGCAAUUCUUUGUUGAAAUUUAACGUUUGUUAUACUUUAUCUAGUUGGUCCGUUUUCUUCACUUGAAUCACCAGCUAUCAGAUUCGCAUUUAGUAAGUAUUGCAGCUUCAAUCGCGAGUCGUUCCCAAGAACCAGUGAGAUUUCUGCUGCUUUUUAAGAGAGUUCUAGUGUCCUGAUUUAACCUUGCAGCAACCACCUCUGCCAGUCUUGACGUUUCUUCUUUUAAUGUGAACUGUCAGUCAAGGGUUUUUAGAAAAAGAAUGAUCACUGGAUAGAAUCAUGUUUCAACGGAGAGCUACGUUUUCGAUGUUUGUAAGUCAACACGUACAGCGGCUUUUCACUAAGUGUUGCAACAACGGAAUUGACUUCUCUAGCCAAUCACAACGCACGCGGGGCAAUGCAAUGAACCAAUCAGAACUCACAGAGAACAAGUGCAGCCGAUCGGCGAAACGUGUAGGGAAACAGCAGUUUUUAACACGCAAAAGUAAAGCGUUUCAUUCUUAUUAUUUGGAUGCAAUGGCCGAAUGAAUGAAAGCCGCUGUAUUCGCUUUGAAGGGGUCCACAGAUACACUAUGUCAGUAUUUGAAAAUCCGCAAUGAAAAAAAAGUUAAGCGCGUCUCCUAGAUCUAGAAUGAGUUUUCCCCUGAGUCACUCGGAACUUGCCAAUUGUUUUUAUCCUUAAUUGAGACCCUGAAAGCACACCGAAUGUUUGAAAUGUUGGCGUUCGCAGAACGACCACUUAGUCGCCGUUCGAGAAACGAGGCGACCAUCAUAUGUCUUCUAAUCGUUUUUGAUUCUAGAGGCUUUUGACUAAUGAUGGUAUUAGGGCGGGAGCUUAAGCAAAGACGCCGACACCGGUGUCGAAAAGGUCUCCUAAAAAGUGAAUUCACGCUGUUUUAAAAUUUCAUCGCUCUUCAUCCGUGUCGUUCGAUUUGUCAAAUAAUAGUGAAUUAUUAUGUAGUUCAAUUUAAAGGACUGUAUCUAAGUUUUUAAAAAAGUAGGAAAUCGUUGUCGUGUGCGCUGGUCCUUCAGAAACGUGAAAUUAGUACAAUCGACGACGGCAAAGAAAUGUACAAACAAGCGUGAUCCCUGCACGUGCCAAGUUUUGUUUUGCUAACGUAAACCUAUCGCUUGUUAACGUUCUCGUGUCCGUCAUCUUCUUUGCUUAAGCUCCUUAUUAUGCACGGUCAACGAGCGGCUUGGAUCUGAACUGUGUAGUAGAUAGAUAAAAGGGAUGGAUAUCUUAAUUCUCAUUACCUUCUUGUUUGGUUCUGCGUUUGACAUUAAGAAGGAAAAUAGAUGUUGACAUCUCAGUGUGCGGCCUACCAUAGAAUGUAGGUAGUAGUAGGAAUAGAUCAAUGUGU